CUACGUUUACUACCAUUUACAGAUAAAAUGUUUAAAUUUAGUUAUUUAACAUUAAUGUAGCAACUAUUAAAUACUAUUGGAGGCGUGAGAGGUAGUUAACCAUACCGCUUGUUUAUAGCACAGGAGAUAAGUGAAAUAACCAUGUCGAGACAAAUAAACCCACAACUUAGCGACAUUACUCCUGCUGGACAACUUUGUCGGGUGUGUCUGCGGUGUUCUAAGCUCUAUUUGUCCCUGUUUUCUCUCCUGAGGGAACUCCAAAUCUAUGAACACAUAAACAACAUUGUCGAUGUAAAGAUCAGGGAUUCUGAUGGAUAUCCAGACGUGAUAUGUCAAGCAUGCCUGGAAGAUCUCCAAGUGACUAUAGACUUCAAAGAGAGAUGUUUGAAAUCAAAUUUAGCUCUUAUUAAUGUUGUGACUCCAGUUAUUGAAGAUAUUUGUAAACAAGAAGGGGAAACCCAUGAAGUGAAGUUGGAGAAUUCCCCAAUAAAAGAAGAAGCAUUGUACCAUUUUAAUGAUGAAACUUAUGAUAAUGUUGAAUCUUUCUGUGAGGUGAAAGAAACCUUUUUCCCAUCAUUAUCAGAUAAGGCUGACGGAGGAUAUUUUUCAGAAUCACUACCCCAUUUACCAGCUAAAUCACAAGAAAAUGUAGAAAGUGAUAUAGAAAAUAGUUUGCAGAACGAAGGAUUACCCAUAAAGUGUGAAUCACAUCCAUCACAAGAAAACACUUGCCCCCUUUGUGGGAAAGUUUUUAAAUCAUUACUUUUGUAUCAAAAACAUGUGCAGAAAGGGGAGGCCACAUCCUGUUUAGACACUGAAAAAAUUACAGCAUCAGGUGUUGAUGAAUCCAGAAUAUUUUAUUGUAAACAAUGUAAUUAUUCAUCCAAAAGACAUGCACAUGUUAAGAGACACUUAAAAACGCACACAAAAGUUGGAGUUCAUGUUUGUGAAAUCUGCAAUAAAUCAUACAAUCUUCACACUAAAUUGUUGCAUCAUAAAAGACUAGUACACGAUGAACACAAGCAGGAGAAUGAAUAUCAAAGAAUACAAAAGUGCACUUGCAAUUAUUGUGGCAGAAUUUUCAAAUCAUUACAUUCAUAUGAGAAACAUAAGAAGGAUAUAGAAAAGAAGCCAUGUCUUGAUACUGAAAAAAUUACACUAACAGGUGUAGGAACAUCCAGGAUAUUUAAGUGUAAAGAGUGUAAUUUUACAUCUGCAAACCUAGGAAAAGUUAAGGGACACAUAGAAAUCCACACAAAAACAAGGACUCAUAUUUGUCAAAUGUGCAAUAAAGCAUAUAAAAGUUUGACUUCAUUGUUGCAUCAUAAAAGAUUAUUGCACAGCGAGCAGCCACAGCAAUUGUACACAUGUCAUGUAUGUGGCAAACAACUGAAGACUAACUCUGCACUGAAAAAUCACCUCAAGUUGCAUGAUGGAAAUAGCAAAGUAGAAUGUCCCUAUUGUAAAAAACUCUUUAACUCAACAUCAUUAAAUCACCAUCUCAAAAGGCACACAGGUCCCAAGGGUUACCAGUGUGAUAUCUGUCAAAAAGACUUUUACACUAAAGGUGAAAUUUCAGGGCACAUACAAAUUAAGCACCUAACAAAGCAAAGGUACAGUUGCCGUUUCUGUGGCUUCAAAGCUAAAUUUACUCUGGCAAGACAUGAGAUGCGCCACACUGAUAGCAAUGUUGCAUGCAAGAUAUGCGGUACGUUUUUUGAUAAUGAGUCUAAGUUGAAAGCUCACACUAUUCAAAUUCAUGAAACUGAAAAAACAUUUGCCUGUACUAUUUGUGGACAUCUCAGUCACACAAAAAGGACAAUGUAUAAACAUAUAUCCAAAAACCAUAAAGUAAAAGUUACUAGUGAGAAUUGAUGAUUUUUGUAUAGUUAGAAAUAAUUUUAUUGUUAUUGUAAAUUCAUUGCAAAUAAUAUAUUAUGUACCUACCUAUAUUAUAUUACCUAGGUAUUAUGAAUUUAGCAGAAACUUAAAACUGUUUAAUGUAAUAAAAGCUUUAAACACUAAAUGUGACCUUCUAUGUAUUUAACCCAUUUUUCAGGUGUAGGAUGUUGUCUUCAAUAUUAUGUGGGAUGGUAGUAUACUAUGUAUACC